AUGAGCGUCAUGGGAUGCGAAAACUACAUCGCCCUCGCUGAAAUGGCUGAUCUUGCAGGCUGGAAGGAUGAGUGCAGGCGUGCAGGUAGACUCAGCGUUCCUGAACCCAACAAACGCGGGCAAGAAAUCGAAAUCGUCCUGAAAUCUACCAAUGACCCUCACCUCCACGGUUUUGACACGGAAAAGUCACGCCGACGGCGCCUCACGUCUGAUGUAUUCCGCGUGUCUGCCCUUGUCUAUCUCCAUUCCGUCAUCUCUGGGGAUCAGCCACAAUGUCCAGGGAUCACGAGCAACAUCACAUAA